AUGGCUAUGGAAAUUUUCGUAUUAUAUGAUAAUACUAAACAAAAAAAAGAUGAUGGACCAUCAACUAGUUUACUGAUUCAAUGUGAUGAAAAAGGCGAACAUUUAAAUGACAAAUUGAAAAGUAUUGAAAUUGAAAGUAUAACUGAUGGUUGUUAUAAUUUAAUUGAAGAUGGUACACAAAAUAAUGAUUACAAUGAAACUAGUCAAGAAAAUAAUGAACUUUACAUUAAUUUUAAUAAUCCUGGUUGUUGGCCAACUAUGAAUUCUAGAUUUAGAGAUUUAAUGGUGGAAAAGGGAUCAUACCUUAUGGAUCAAAAUAAUUAUUUUCCAGUAAAUGAUGAUGGCAGACAUUUUGACGGUAAAUGGUUCUAUACAUUUUUAAAUAACGGAGAAAAAGUUCGAAGACAAUGGCUAUUAUACAGUACAUCAAAAAAUGCAAUUUUUUGUUUCGCAUGCCUCCUUUUUACAAAUAAUUAUAUCAGAAAAUCCACAUUUUCCAGUAAUGGAUUUCAAGAUUGGAAACAUUUAAAUCCUUCUAUUGCUGAGCAUGAGAAUAGUAAGAACCAUAAACAAAAUCUUUUGUACUGGAAGGAGUUAGAAAAAAGAUUACGGGACAGUAAAACAAUUGAUCACAAACUUCAAAAUUCUAUCAAAAAUGAAAAAUAA